CCCUUUUCUACGUGCGACUUUCUUGCUACAAACAACAACAACACUCGCUCAACCACCCCCCAACCCACCCAACCGCCGGACUGCAAACCGCAUACACAACCACCCACCCUCGCUCCUCCUCCCCCCCUCCCACCCCUCCCACUGGAGCCAUGUCCGUCGGAACAACCCCCCUCCCCUCAGGCCGCUCCCUCCGCUUCGGAAAGCUCAUCCACAAACGCCUCCAAGGCAAAUCCCGUCGCUCAGUCGUCAUUGCCACCCCAAAGACAACCGAAGAUAUCACCUUCGUCUACGAGAUGUUACGCGGCAUUUGGAGCAAGGAGUUGGCCUUGAAGACCCUUAACGGGACUGGAGGUGCGAGGAGGGAGGAGGUGGGGAACCCUGCGAAUGAGGAUAUGGCGUUGUUGGGCCAUAUUGCCGCUGCUGCUGUUGCUGACACCCCUGUAAUGAUUCUCGGCACUCUGUCCCCGUCCUUCAUCCACUUCUCAUCGGUACAAAACAUCCUGGACGAGCGCGAAGUAGGCACAGCGUGCAACAUAAAAGUCGUCACACCAGGCCGGGACUACCUGUUCGCGGCAGACGUCUCUACCGACUACGUCGAAUGGAUCUACACCCUGCGAGACGCUUUCGCAUCUACCCCUCGCCACAGCUUCCCCAUCCCAAAGGACGUGGAUGAGGAUGAUCUUCUGGACGAUGAUGAGCCCACCACAGCGAGGCGUGGGUUUACUUUCAGCCGCCCGAGCUUCACACGCAAACGAUCCCAGACCGCCCCAGUGACACCCGCGCCCUCAGCCGACGAACUCGAGGACAAUGAGGACAGACAGCCCGAACACAACGCAAAGGACUCCGAGCUUGACCACGACGACGACGACGACAACACCCCUCUCGGCACCAUGGGCACCGAAUUCGUCGACGCGCCCGAAUUCCCCCCCGCGCCGUCGGAGGACACAAUCGUCCCAACAUCCUCCUCCGACCCCCUUAUCGUCGAAUCCCCCGCGUCCUCCCAGCAGCAGCAGCAGCAGCAGAAACUGCCCCCAACAGCACCCGCGUCACCCAUCCGCACCGGAAGCCUCGCCUCAGUCUCCGGGGACACCCUCGCCCGCCGUCGCGAUGCAGUCCGCCGGGAAGCCGUCCGAUUUUCUGACCGCCCGGACUCGGUCAUCGCCGAAGACGAUAUGCUCGCCUUGGCCGCCAACAUCCCCAUCCCGCCGGAAAAGGACACCCUCGAGUUGACCUCUCCCACCCUCGACACCCAACCGAAACAAGCAGAUGUGCUCAGAACCGAACGCCCCCCGCGCCCCUCAACAACGACCGACCGCCCCGCCACCAUCCGCCGCAAAAUCUCCACCAUCUUCGGGUCCGCAAACCCUUACGACGCUGACGUCUCUUCCCCGGGCACACCCUCAACAACACCCAACUCGCUCUCGCGUAAAUUUUCAGCCUUCUUUGGCAACUCCCACGCGCCGGAAGUAUCCAAUGUCGAGAAUUACACCGAUGAUGCGGGGACGACGACGUACCCUCAGAAAUCAGCGACGUUGGAGAGGGGGAGGAACAACACCAAACGAUCCCUCGGCCGGAAGAUCUCGACGUUCUUUGAUAAGAAAACGGAGACGAUCGAUACCUCCGACGCGCCGUUGGAUUCCGUCACGCCUACCUCUGUCACCAGCCCCACCUCCUCCCCGGGCGUCAAAUCACCCCGCUCACGGUCCCUCACGCGGCCGAACACCCUCCCGCCCCCGGUCCCGCUCUCGCACACGCACAUCACGGUCCAGGAGCUCGAGUUUGACGAGGCUGUUUACGUUGGUGCCGUCGGUGAGGAUGCCGGCGACGGCGAGUUUGGGGAGUAUGUUCCGGAGGGUUGUUGA